AUGGCGAAACGCACGCAUGAUGAGCCAUCCGGCGCUAGGAAGCGCCGCCGGGGGAGAUCUAGCGUCAACGGAGCCAACGAGGUGACGGCGACCAGUCUUGGAGGCGUGGCGGCGUUCAAGGACGUGUGGGCGGCGCUGACAAAAGCUGGAUGGACAUCAAAGAAGCCGACAGCUAAGUCUCUCGAUACGUGCUUCAAAAGUCUGCGCUUCUGA